AUGUUCAGUAGGAAAUUAAAAGCCUUAAAACAUCACUCGCCCGACUCUGUCGACGUGCGAGAUCAAACGCAGUUCAGGAAUCUUGUCUAUUGGCUGGAGGAUCAGAAGAUCAGAAAUUAUCAAAUUGAUCAGCGGGCAAAUCUUCAGAAGAUCGACUCUCCUGAUUGGCCGAAAGCUUUUGUCAAGUAUUGUAAAGACAAUGAUUGUCCCAUAGAGAGUGGAGAUCAAAUUGAAUGUCUUGAGUGGCUGCUGGGUCAUGCUGUCAAACUAGAAUACGCUGAUAACUUCGAAAAGUACAAGAACUUUUCUGCAGAGAAACUCGUCCAGACAUCAAGCUCUGCUCCGACAGUCAAAUCCGCUAACCCUCUAGACGCCCUUGAUUUUGAGAGUCAAGCAUUCAAAGACGGUGUGAAUGCACUUGCAAAACUUUUGAACAUUACUUGCCAUCCUGAUCACUUGGUAACAUUGAAAGCUAUCAGUCAAUUCGUCUGCCAACGUCUCAGACCUGAAGUUAUCGAAAAACCAGAACAGUUUAUUGUCAAAGGAAAACCAUUCCCAAUAGCAGAUAUUGAUUCUGGUUUCAACGAACCAGACCACGUUACGAACCUUGCUGCCAAAAUACUGCGUCUAUUGUACAUUCACGACUUGCGGGACCUGCAAACAAAAAUCAACGAGUGUAUCGUCAGUACUCAAAGUUUAACUGCCAACCCCAAAACAGACACAAAAUUAGGAAAAGUUGGGCGUUAA